CGUUCCGGCUGACCAGCGCGUUGCUGUGCUGGGGCAAAGACAGGGACCAGGUGGCGGUGCUUGACAACCUGAUGACCAUGGUGCGUGAGGUCGUCGCUAUUGUUUCCGGAGCCAUCUACUGCUUCAGACCACCACCAGACCUUAAGCGUCCCGUGAGGGACAGCUUCAGCCGUCGUCUUCGUGUGUCUUGCUACUGGGAGCUGCUGGCGUACGCCGUGCUCUAUAUUCCCCACCUAUUCCUGACCCUCCUGUGGAAAAAUAGCGAGGCCAUCCUGACCAUGCUGUUCCUCUGCGUCGACGUGGAGCACCUGGACCAUGGCGCCUUGUCCAAGGCCAUCUUCGUCGGAGACUACAUCGGCUUCAUGGCUGCCAACACCCUCAUCUCCUGGUUGGCUCUGCAAUACGCCCUGGACCUGGCAGCCCUGCGAGUCGAGCUCCUGAACCAACCACAGUGUUCCCUUUUGUCGAUGUUCAGGCGUCGGAGGAGGUUGGCCAGACACUUCGCGUUCCCGUUGCUUCUCUGGGCCUGCAACACCGCCGUGGGCUUCACGGUGGCGCUUCGACAGUCCAUGCACUCCAUCAACAUCACCAGACAGCUGUCAGCACUGCUGCUCUACUCAAUCUACCAAAUGGUUCACAGCGUGUGGACCCUGGCCCUGGUGGCCUGGGCAGCCGAGGCCUUCGAGGGAAGCCUGGCCAACGCGGUCCGGGCGCGGAUGCCCGCGUGUGGCGGACACGACAUGGCACCGCUGUUGCGCGACUACUCCGAUGCCCUGGGUUUCUUCAAACCCGACGGCCGGUGCCUGUCGCGUCUGCUGGCCGCCUCGCUCGGCUACGGCGUCGUCCUCUACCAACUCACCGUUCCUUACGCGGCGUCAACCCGAAGCCAGAAGAAUUCAACGGAACAUGCGUCGUUCGGGCCUCGCUACAGCUAGGCGCAGCUACCAGGGCCCUACUGAUAUCCUCCUCAUCUUUGGGCGAUGA